ACUACCUCUGGGCGGGACUGGCUUGGUGGUGAUGAGAUACUCUGGCGGCAGCGGCGGCGGCGGAGGGGUUGAACGCUACACCUACAGUAAUCACUCCAAAGACCGCGGUCAUGGCCGAGAAUCACACUCAGAAUAAAACCAAGCUCAUCUGUGAGAUCCGACGGAGGUUCGAAGCUGAGUUUGUGUCAGACAAUUCAGAUAAAUAUGAUCCACGUGAUGUUGAAAGGCUACAACAGGAUGAUAACUGGGUUGAAAGUUAUUUACAUUGGAGACAUAAUGUUGUGGAUGAAACACUGAAGAUGAUUGAUGAGAGUUUUCAGUGGAGAAAAGAAUUUUCUGUCAAUGACCUUAAUGAAUCUUCCAUUCCCAGAUGGUUAUUAGAAGUUGGUGGUAUUUACCUCCAUGGUUAUGACAAAGAAGGCAACAAAUUGUUCUGGAUCAGGGUGAAAUAUCAUAUAAAAGACCAAAAAACAAUAAUGGACAAAAAGAAGCUCAUAGCUUUUUGGCUGGAACGUUAUGCUAAGAGAGAAAAUGGUAAACCUAUUACAGUGAUGUUUGACCUGUCUGAAACUGGAAUAAAUAACAUAGACAUGGACUUUGUACGCUUUAUCACCAACUGCUUUAGGAUUUAUUACCCUAAGUACCUCUCAAAAAUGGUGAUUUUUGAUAUGCCUUGGAUAAUGAAUGCUGCUUUCAAAAUUGUAAAAAGCUGGCUUGGCACAGAAGCUGUAAGUGUGUUGAAGUUUGCAAGUAAAAAUGAAAUCCAAGAUUAUGUCAGUGUAGAAUACCUGCCUCCACACAUGGGUGGAACUGACCCUUUCAAGUAUAGCUACCCACCCCUGGUUGAUGAUGACUUCCAGACGCCACUGUGUGAAAACGGGCCUGUUGCCAGUGAGGAUGAGACAUCGAGUAGAGAAGACAUAGAAAGUGAUGGUAAAGAAACCUUAGAGACAGUAUCUAAUGAGGAGCAAACAGUUCUUCCAAAAAAGGUUAAUGCAACUGAAAUGACUUUGAAAGCAGAAGAAAAUGAGAAAGUUGAUUCAAAAAUGAAAGCUUUCAAGAAACCAUUGAGUGUAUUUAAAGGGCCCUUAUUACAUAUCAGCCCAGCGGAAGAAUUAUAUUUUGGAAGUACUGAAUCUGGGGAGAAGAAAACACUAAUAGUGUUAACAAAUGUAACUAAAAAUGUAGUAGCAUUUAAGGUGAGAACAACUGCUCCGGAAAAAUACAGAGUUAAGCCAAGCAACAGCAGCUGUGACCCGGGCGCAUCAGUUGAUAUUGUUGUAUCUCCCCAUGGAGGCUUAACAGUCUCUGCCCAAGACCGCUUUCUGAUCAUGGCUGCAGAAAUGGAGCUUUCAUCUGGCACUGGGCAAGCAGAAUUGACUCAGUUUUGGAAGGAAGUUCCCAGAAGCAAAGUGAUGGAACAUAGGUUAAGAUGCCAUACUGUUGAAAGCAGUAAACCAAAUACUCUUACAUUGAAAGACAAUGCUCUUAACAUGUCAGAUAAAACCAGUGAGGAUAUAUACUUACAACUCAAUCGUUUACUAGAAAGCAAUAGGAAGCUUGAAGACCAGUUUCAGCGUUGUAUCUGGUUCCAACAGCUGCUACUUGCCUUAACAAUGCUCUUGAUUGCUUUAGUUGUGACCUUCUUUUAUUCAUUAUACAAAUAAAGAAGUGGUGCCUGGACACAAACAUAACUCCUUCCUCACUUGUUAGGAAAGUGUAACAAACCCAAAACAUCUCCACCAAACUACUAAACACUUUGCACAUCUGUGCUUCCUAGAAGGAAAUAUAUAGCACAUGAGGGGUGCAACAUAUGCCUGUCUUAAAAACUAAACUAUUUAGGGGCCAGGGAUAUAGCUCAGUGACACAGUGCCUGCCUGGCAAGCUUAAGGUCCUGAGUUUAAUUCCUGGUCCCACUCCAAAAAACAAAAAAUAACAUAAAUUAAACUGUUUAAAGAAACCGCUGGAGAAAUUUAUUAGUAGAUAUUAUAGCUAGUUAGGAAAGUAAGUAAAGGCAUAUGCAUUGUAUAAAUUAAUAGCUUAAACAUAAUUUAUUUUUCCCUUUGAUUUAAAUACUUUGAAAACUUAAGUUUUGAACUGAGGAUGUGGCUCAGUGGUAGAGCACUUUCCUAGUGUGCACAAGACCUAGCAUCUGGUCCCCAAAACCACCCAAAGAAAGCUUAAGUUUUAUUAUAUAAAUAUAUUAGCUGAAUUGAAAAGUAAGUAACAUGCUUUGGUGCAACCAAAAAAUGUAAUCUGCUUUUUUAUGACAGAAUUAUUAUAGCUGAGCCAACUUACUAACCUUUCUAUAUUAUGUAAAUAAAAGAACAUGUAUAUUGAAAAAAAACAUACUUACACAGAGUAAUUUAUGUAAUCUUGACUUUGUAAUUUUGAAACUUAAUUCCAGAUGAUAGUCAAUAUUCUUUUGGAAUGUAAAUCUCAAUGCCAAACCACCUUAGUCUUUGUUUCCCACAGCUCCUUAGGAGCCUGCCUUUUCUUAAUCCUGGGAUUUUCUAUGAAUACUCAUUUUGGUAGAAUUUGGAAAACUAAGUGUGGUUAGAUUUUCUUUGAGUUCUGUUGAGUCUCUUCAACCAGUCCCCCUUUCCAGUCGUCUCUAUGCACCUUCACAUUAUGCACUAUGGCUGGACACUGGACCUUUUAUUUAAUCGGUUACAAAUAUGUUGUCUAAUUCUUCAUUCCUUCCAGAUCACAGGCAUCUCUGUGCACUACAAAUCACACCAUCUUCACCCUCAUUUCUAAAUGAAAAGUGUUAGUUAACACUUUUCUUUAAAGAGCUAGUUGUCUGAGAUUCUAAGCAAUAUUAUUUAUGAUUCAAAAUGUUCCUUGUUAAAAUCAGCCUGGAUUAUCUCAUAAUGCUAAAGAGGAAAAUAAAAGCAUAGAAGCUCAAGUAUCAGGUCUUCGGUUAGAGAAUGAAAAAUAUUACUCAUAAUGGGCUGUAAAACCUUCAUCCCAGGGCUAACUGACUAACUUGAUAUUCUUAUCUUUGCUGCAAUAAUACCCACCCGGUAUGGUUUCUAUAUUCCUGAAAAGAAAGACUUAGCAGAAGCAGAGGCUAAUGAAAUUGUAGUUUGUUUUCUUAUUCAUAUGGCCAGUUUCUAUCCUUUUGGUAAACUUGUGUCUCAACUUUAUAUGCAAGAAAAAAUAGUCUUCCUGUAAAAUAAAUUUUGAGUUUCAACUGA